AUUUGGGGUUUUUAUUUUUGUGUUUGCUGGAAAUUUGAAUUAUGGGAUUUUUGUCUAAUUUGGGAAUCAAAUGUCUAAUUUUAGGUUCCAAUUUCUCAAUUAUUCCAAUUUCUCAAUUAUUCCUAAUUUUAGGUUUAAGUGCUCAAUCUCCAAGUAUGUGUUCUCAUCUUCACUCCUUUACUAUUCAAAUUACUGUAAAUUUGAAAUCCCAAUCUGAAUGAUGGACAAAGCAUCAUUAGUUAAACUUGUAAUCGAGUACGUAAAAUUACUGCAAGACGAAGAAAAACAUAUGCAGGCAGAAAUAACGGAGUUGGAAUUACGGAUGCCGACGAGAACAAGUGUAGUAUUGGAUGGUGAUUCUGCAUUGUCUAAUGAUAAUAAUAAUGAUGUAGUUAUAAUGCCAUCUCCUAUCGAAGUUCUUGAGUUGAGGGUAUCGAGUAUGGGAGAGAAAACAGUAGUGGUUAGCAUAACAUGCAGUAAAAGAAGAGAUACAAUGGGGAAGUUGUGUAAGGUUUUUGAAUCUUUGAACCUCCAAAUUGUCACUGCAAAUAUGACUGCUUUUUCUGGAACAAUUUCGAAGACUGUUUUUCUUGAGGCGUGUGAAGAGGAGGAAGAAGUACUGAGAUCAAAGAUAGAAGCUGCCAUAGCAGCUCUGAAUAAUCCAGAUGGCCCCAUUAGCAUAUAAAAUAUGAGUUAAUUGCAAAUACCUCCCCUGUAAAAUCUCGAAUUGGCAAAUAACUCCGGUACGUGUGAUACAUUUUUGUGUGUGUACGUGUGUAUUUUUUUUUUGAAGUGAUUAAUUAGCUUGCAUAAUAUAGUUUUUGCUUGUUUUAGAAGAUUUUUCCCAUAAUAAAUGGAGUGAUUUCUUCUCAAUUAAUUACCCUUUUUUCUUC